UGUACGAAACUAAAGCCGGGUGAUUUAGCCAGCUUUACAUUGUAUGCCUCCAUUUUGGAUUUUGAAACCAUCUCGCACUUUCGAUACAAGAUCUCUUUGGUAUCGGUGAAGACUUGCCAAAUAUUUACCAAAUGGCAGGACUUCCAAGACGUAUUAUAAAGGAAACCCAGCGCUUAAUACAAGAACCAGUUGGUGGGAUUGUAGCUAAACCAGAUGAAAGCAAUGCUAGAUAUUUCCAUGUAUCGGUACAAGGUCCAAAAGAGUCACCUUAUGAAGAAGGAGUUUUUAAAUUAGAGCUGUUUUUACCUGAGGAAUAUCCCAUGUCAGCACCCAAAGUUCGAUUCCUGACAAAAAUUUAUCAUCCAAAUAUAGACAAACUGGGAAGAAUAUGCCUCGAUAUUCUUAAAGAUAAAUGGAGUCCAGCUUUGCAAAUCCGAACUGUGUUGCUUUCAAUCCAAGCCCUGUUAAGUGCUCCAAAUCCAGAUGAUCCCCUAGAAAACGAUGUAGCUGAAGCAUGGAAAACGAAUGAGGCAGGUGCUAUAGAAACAGCUAAAUCCUGGACGUGUAAAUAUGCAAAGAUAUCUGAUUGACAUUGAUUGUUGGAUGCUUGACCUGUUACGGUAUGAUAUGGCAGAAGAGGAACAGCCUUGGGGCCUGGAUCAGCACCUGACUGUCGGCCAGUUGCCUUGGAGUUACAGUGGCCACAUAAAGCAUGCAAUUUAUUGGAGAAACAGUGAUAACUCGCCAUAUCAUUUGUACACCAGGGGAGCUGGAGUGGACUAGUUAAACACGCCGACAGUAACAAAAGCAUCAUAUUAACACAGGUACAAUCAGUAGGCCGUGCUGAUCAUUUGUAGGGGUAAGGGUUGGAGGGACAUAUUAAGGCUAUCAUGUACAGUAUACAUGGUUAACAAACAUGAUUUACAAUUUUAAGUGUGUGUGUUUAUGGGGAUUGAAAGUACCUACAUUAAAUUAUAUGUAUCAUUGAAGUGUGUCUACAGCUAAUAAAACAGGAAUGCAAAUGUGUCUGCAAUGUACGUGUGUGGAAAAAAACCUGGUCAUCAAAAUACCCAAAGGAAGUCGUAAUAUGAUUUGGUUUGUUAGUGUAGAAAUGUUGAGUUGUUUUGUGAUACCUAAAUACAGGAAAGUUAAUAGAUAUUUUAGAAUAAAGAAGUUAUUGCAUCAUGAUUUAAAAAAAAAAUGUUCAUUGUACGUAAUGGAAGUUUCUGAAAAAAAAUAAACCCUGCAUUCUCUGUAUUUAUCUUUAUUGACAUAUCACACUUAUGUAUUACAUUGUGAGAUUACACUUUUUUUGCAAAUAAUGAAAAAAAAUCAAUCAUCCAUUUUCUAUUUUUUGUCUUUAUAAGUAUAAAUUAAUCGACCCAAUCUUUGGAAUGAAUGUGGCAUUAAUUGCUUCUUUAUUGUUAUAAAUUUAAACAACUUCAACUGAAAACAAGUUAGAGCAUAAAAAUAGGAUGACCAUUGCCCAUACUGGUAAAAGUAGGAAAAUACAUUAUGUAGACUGUAAAGUGUCAAUAUCUUUGAAAUGUUCUUGUAUAACAUGGUAUACAGACAUAAUCAACCCAAUGUUUACUAUGUAUGUGUAUGUACAGAAAAUUUUUGCUUUAAAAAUGAAACUUUUCUUGUAAAGCUUGACAACAUUUUUAACAUGUAUUCCAUUGAUAUCUCCGGAACAAGAUUUAAAAUCAAGGGCUCUGACAUGAGAAUAAUGCUUUAUAGGCUUAGUUAAAUGCUUCACCUAAUAUCUCUUGUGUCAUUUUUCAGAAAGAAAAAAAAAAAGAAAAACAAUUUUUCAAGUGAUAUUAUUGAUAUGAUUUACAUCUUUGUUUGGAAUCUAUGACAAAAUUACCAGUUAAUUGUCCGAUAAAAGUUCCAUUUUGUAAUUGUUGUAUGACACAACUACCGGAGUAUCAUCUUUCAGUGUCUUUUUUUUUAAUGGCUUACAAAAGUCAUAUUAAAAAUUUAAUUUCUGGAAUAAAGAGCUAAAUUCUAUGGAUGAUGGAUAAUCUACCAAUAAAAUAUUUCUCAGAUGUCAGGUAAAAUUGACAUCAGCAAAAGAAAAAAUAUCUAAUCAAAUGAAUUUUUUUGGAUUAAAGAUCAUUUGAAACGGGUUCUUUGUAGGGUUUGUGUGAGUUGUGUUAAAGUGCCAAGGCAUAAAAUAGUGCUACUUAUGAACUUGAUGAUAAUUAUAAAAAAAGGGCCAUAGUCCAUAUGUGUAUAAUUGGGAAAUGGCUCAAGAUCAGUUGAGCCUACUUAAUAAUGACAAUUACUGCUGUAUGGUAAUUGCUGAGCCAAACUGAAUGCUAGAUGGUAAUAUAUCACUGAAUUCUGAUGUUGUAACCUGUGGAACUCCGGGAUUAAUGUUGUAUAUUCUCUAGAUAACUGAAUGCAGUUUGUAAAAAGUAUUCAAAUUGAUUUUUACAAAUAUUUUUUUGUAUUAUCUGAAAGAUGUAUUUUAGCUUACUGCGUGACUAUACAAAAUGAAGUCAAAUACAGCUGACACUACUGCAGGACUAGACUCCUAGAUGGUAAGGAACUGAAACACUUAACUUUCCUUAAUUUCAAAUCCUUAAAUAGGAGAAAUUUUAAUUUCUUAAAUAGGAGAAAUUUCAAAUCUUUAAAUAUUAAAAAGAGUGGUACAUGUAUUUCCAAAACAAUGGGAAGAUAAAGCAUAUGUCAUUGAAGAAAUAAUAGUUUGGUUCUGCAGUACUGUAGAGAUCUGUCAAUGCUUGUGGGUUUACAUCCAUGUUUCGGGAUAAGAUCACUUUUGUAUUCAGCGUUAUAUGAAGAAUUCCAUAAGUUACAUAACCUCUUGAUGAUUUGAUGUCUCAGAACUAACACAGAAUUUACUUCAAAAGGUUGAAGUUAUUAUCCUUACAUUGUUGUUACAUGAACAAAUUGUACUUAACAGAUACAUGUUGAGUAAAUGGUUUCUUAGAAAGAUGUAACCCGAAGAUAUGCAAAUAUGAUUUUGAAUAUCAGUAAUAUUAUGAUAAACAUCAGUUUUGCAUGUAGUUAGAUUAUAAACCUUUUUUAGUGGUCAUACAGAACAGUUGAGGAUCAUGACAGACUGGUGUACUUCUUAACCACUGGAAUAGGCAGUGACAUCGACGUCUGAAUAUUAACAGAAUGUCUGCUGACCCAUUACAGUAGGUGGUUAUGCAUCGAGUCAGUACAUUGAUUGCUGCGAUAGAUGGUCAUUAAUGAAUUGUUCCAGUCAAAUGACUGCUGUGGUGGUUGGUCAUUGGCUGAUUAUCAAAUGUCUGUUGACUGCUGGGAUAGGCAGUCUUCGACUGAUUAUCACAGAACUGUUGACUGCUUGGAUAGACAGUCUUCGACUGAUUAUCACAGAACUGUUGACUGCUUGGAUAGACAGUCUUCGACUGAUUAUCACAGAACUGUUGACUGCUGGGAUAGAGUAGACGGUCUUUGACUGAUUAUCACAGGACUGUUGACUGCUGGGAUAGACAGUCUUUGGCUGAUUAUCACAGAAUUGUUGACAGCUGGGAUAGACAGUCUUUGGCUGAUUAUCACAGGACUGUUGACUGCUGGGAUAGACAGUCUUUGGCUGAUUAUCACAGAACUGUUGACUGCUGGGAUAGACAGUCUUUGGCUGAUUAUCACAGGACUGUUGACUGCUGGGAUAGACAGUCUUUGGCUGAUUAUCACAGGACUGUUGACUGCUGGGAUAGAGUAGACGGUCUUUGACGAAUUGUUCCACAGUCUACUGAUCAUUGAAAUAGGUGGCUAUUUGCCGAUUGUGCUAUGUAUAUUGACAUCUUGGAUAAGCGGUCAUUGGCACAUUGUUGUACUGCCUUCUGACUGCUGGGAUAGAUGGACGUUAGCGGAUUAUUGUUGCACCAUCUACGUACACGGACUACUGGGAUAGGUAGUUUGAUUCACCAUCUAUUAAUUACUGGGAUUGACGUUGUUGACAGUUUGCUGUACAUCUGUUGACUUCUGGAACAGGUGGUCAUUUAAAGAUUACUACACAUCUACCGAUGUCUGGGAUAGUCUGUCAUUAACUUGUCUGUUGACAUCUAGGGUAGAUUGAUACGGUGUUGUCUAUUGACAUUUUAGUGUAUCGGCAAAUGGUCUGUAGACAAGUCGUAUUUACUUAUGUGAAUAAUUCAAAGUAAAUUUGCAUUGUUCUGGUGAAUAUGGAAAUGAUCCAAGAAUGACAGUGUUGUCAGCAGUACGUAGGCAGUAGGCAAAGCCUUAGCUUUUUGUAAUGUAUUGGAGAAGUGACAUGAACUCUGAAUGGUUUAUUAAAUGGAGUACAUGCUGGUCCCUUUGUCAAGAUAGGGUAAUAUGUGAUGAAAUGAAUACUAAGGUAUUUGAUUGAUGUAUUUAGUUAUUCAUCAUGUAAUCUUAUGUUUGAGAAAGCUGUUGAUGAACUUAAUGUUUUGUGCAUAUCUUUAUUUGUUUUCUCCUAAGUUUGAUGUUUUGCCAUUCACAAGCAUUUCUGUUACUGAUUUAUGCGAUGUCAUGAUUAGUCACAAUAUGCCCCUUUCAUGCACAGUCAUUCUCAUGUCAGGUUUGAGAUGGUAUUAGCACUUAGUAUUUAUUCUGUCAACUUUCUAUGGGGCAAUGACAUUUGACGAUGUAUUACAUGUACUUGCAUAUGUGAAAAACUCAAUUAAACUUUGAAAAGUAA